AUGCCAAAAACACAUUCACCAAUUUAUUAUAUUGUUCUAAUUGGUCGUACUCCAGGAAUAUAUUAUUCUCUGGAAGAUUGUAAAGAACAAGUGAACAAUUUUCCAAAUUCUAGUUACAAAAAAUUUUUUAUAUUAGAAAGUGCAUAUAAAUAUUAUGAAAAUUUUCAAAAUAAGAUGAAAGAAAAGGAAGAUUUAAUUAAUUCUGAAAAUAAAAUUAUUAUAUAUACUGAUGGAAGUUGUAUUAAUAAUAAUAAAGGUAUUCAUGCUGGAAUUGGAAUAUAUUAUAAAGAUAGAACAAAAAAGAUCACUGAACCAUUACCUGGAACUAUACGAACUAAUAAUAGAGCAGAGUUAUUUGCUGUAAUUAGAGCUAUUGAAACAUGUGAAGAUCAAGAAAAAAUCUUAGAAAUAAGAACCGAUAGUAGAUAUGUUGUCAAUGCUUGUGAAUCAUGGAUUACAAAAUGGAAAGAGAAUAAUUGGAAAACUAUAAGAGGUGAAGAUGUAAAAAAUAGAGAUUUAUUUGAAAAAUUCGAUAAAUUAAUGAAUAAUAGAAAAGGAAAAAUUUUUUUUACAUUCGUUAAAGCUCAUAAUAGUAUCAUAGAAAAUGAAAUUGCAGAUAGAUUAGCAAGACGUGGAGCUACUAUUAAUAUGUGGAAUGAAAAAAAAUUAUCACCUUAUAAUAGCUAUAUGAAAAAUACACUUCCAAAAUAUAAAAAAGAAAAUCCUAGUUUAGAGCAUAAGAUAGCUUUUAAAAACGUAGCAGCAAUGUGGAAAGAUUCUUCUGAAAAUCCUAAAAAUAUUUAA